AUGAAAGAGCUAGUCCACAUUCCAGUCGUACACAUCCUUGCCCUGGCUGCCUUCAGCCUGGCCGAGAAACUUCCAAAAGCUCCUAUCAUCACCACUCCUCUUGAAACAGUAGAUGCAUUAGUUGAAGAAGUGGCCACCUUCAUGUGUGCGGUAGAGUCCUAUCCGCAGCCUGAGAUUGCCUGGACUCGCAAUAAAAUUCUCAUCAAACUCUUUGAUACUCGCUAUAGCAUUCGAGAGAAUGGUCAGCUUCUCACCAUUCUCAGUGUGGAAGACAGUGACGAUGGGGUGUACUGCUGCACUGCCAACAAUGGGGUAGGAGUCGCUGCUGAGAGUUGUGGAGCUUUGCAAGUGAAAAUGAAACCUAAAAUAACACGUCCUCCUAUCAAUGUAAAAAUAAUAGAGGGAUUAAAGGCAGUCUUGCCAUGUACUACAAUGGGCAAUCCCAAGCCUUCAGUAUCAUGGAUCAAAGGAGACACAAUACUCAGGGAAAAUGCCCGAAUUGCGAUUCUUGAAUCUGGGAGUUUAAGGAUUCACAAUGUUCAACGGGAAGAUGCAGGACAUUACCGAUGUGUGGCCAAAAAUAGUCUUGGGACAGCAUAUUCCAAACUAGUCAUGCUGGAAGUAGAAGCUCUUAAUAUGACAAAUGCAACAGAGAGAGAAGAAAGUGAACCUGAGCAAGAUACUAAAGUGUUUGCCAGAAUUCUGCGGGCUCCUGAAUCCCACAAUGUCACCUUUGGCUCCAUAGUGACCCUGCGCUGUACUGCAACAGGCAUUCCAGUUCCAACUAUCACAUGGCUUGAAAAUGGAAAUGCUGUGUCUGCCGGGUCCAUUCUAGAAAGUGUGAAAGACCGAGUGAUUGAUUCCCAGCUACAGCUGCUGAUCACCAAGCCCGGCCUGUUCACUUGCAUCGCCACCAACAAGCACGGGGAGAAAUUCAGCACCGUGAAGGCUGCAGCCACCAUCAGCAUAUCAGCAUGGAGUAAGCUGCCCCAAGAAGAUCCAGGCUACUGCAGUACCUACAGAGGGGAGGUUUGUGGUGCUGUGUUGGCAAAGGAUGCCCUUGUUUUCUACAACUCCUCCCAUCGGGACUCAGGGGAUGCUCAAGAGCUUCUUGUCCAAACAAUCUGGAGUGAUUUGAAGGCACUGAGUCCACUCUGCCAGCCAGCUAUGGAGUCCCUGCUCUGUAACCACAUCUUCCAGGGGUGCAACCCUGCUGGAUUUAUGCCAACACCUAAACCUUUAUGCAGAGAGCACUGCCUGACUGUAAAGGACCUUUUCUGCACAAAGGAAUGGUUGGCACUAGAAGAAAAAUCCCACAAAGGCUUGUAUAAAUCUGGAUUGCAUCUGUUGACCUUGCCUGAGUGUACCAAGCUUCCCAGCAUGCACAGGGAGCCCAUGGCUUGUACAAAAGUGCCACAUUUAGAUUCUAAAAAAGAUAAUAUCACAACAACUUGCUAUCAGGACAAGGGCAGAUUGUACCAAGGGGUCAUUAAUGUCACAGCAUCAGGCAUUCCUUGUCAGAAAUGGAGUGAACAGACCCCCCAGGCACACAGAAGGACACCUCAGAUGUUCCCUGAGCUAUCAAAUGCAGAGAACUAUUGCCGAAAUCCAGGAGGAGAAAGGGAACGGCCCUGGUGUUUCACUAAGGACAGAGCUGUUAGAUGGGAAUAUUGUGCCAUACCUCUCUGCACCAGGGUUUCCCCACUAGUAACAGUCAAGCCAAGUGCAGACAUUCCAGAUUGGUCUUCUUCCUCAUCUGCAUUUUCACCUACCUAUUCAAUGACUGUCAUCAUUGCCAUCAUCUCUAGCUUUGCAGUAAUUGGCUUUCUCACCAUGACUGCUCUCCUUUGUUGCCGCCGAAGGCGAAGACAGUGGAAAAAUAAGAAGAGGGAAUCUGCAACCCCCACACUCACAACUCUCCCUUCUGAGCUCUUGCUGGAUAGACUUCACCCCAACCCUAUGUACCAGCGCAUGCCACUCCUUCUGAACCCCAAACUUCUCAGCCUGGAGUAUCCAAGAAAUAAUAUUGAGUAUGUGAGAGAUAUUGGAGAAGGGGCAUUUGGGAGAGUCUUUCAAGCAAGAGCUCCCGGCCUACGACCUUAUGAGCCUUUCACCAUGGUGGCAGUGAAGAUGCUCAAAGAAGAAGCCUCAGCAGACAUGCAAGCAGAUUUCCAGAGGGAGGCAGCCCUGAUGGCAGAGUUUGAUCAUCCGAACAUUGUUAGGCUGCUAGGAGUGUGUGCUGUUGGUAAGCCGAUGUGCUUGCUGUUCGAGUAUAUGGCCUAUGGGGACCUUAAUGAGUACCUCCGGAACAUGUCACCUCGGACUAUGUGCAACCUCAGCCACAGUAACCUGGCUACCAGGGUCCGCCUAUCCAGUCCCGGGCCCCCUCCCCUGUGCUGUGCUGAGCAGCUCUGUAUUGCUAGGCAGGUAGCUGCCGGCAUGGCUUACCUCUCCGAGCGCAAGUUUGUCCAUCGGGACUUAGCCACCAGAAACUGCCUAGUGGGUAAUAAUAUGGUGGUGAAAAUUGCUGACUUUGGCCUCUCCAGGAACAUCUACUCAGCAGACUAUUACAAAGCCAAUGAGAAUGACGCUAUCCCCAUCCGCUGGAUGCCCCCAGAGUCCAUUUUCUACAACCGCUACACAACAGAGUCUGAUGUCUGGGCGUAUGGGGUGGUCCUAUGGGAGAUAUUCUCCUAUGGCUUGCAGCCCUACUAUGGGAUGGCGCACGAGGAGGUGAUUUUCUAUGUAAGGGAUGGUAACAUCCUCUCCUGCCCUGAGAAUUGCCCACUAGAGCUCUACAACCUGAUGCGUCUCUGUUGGAGCAAGCUGCCCGCAGACAGACCCAGCUUCACUAGUAUUCACCGUAUUCUACAACGCAUGUGCGAGAGAGCAGAGGCAGCAGUGGGUGUCUGA